AGACGAAAACAACAUUGUUAUAAAUUAUGUUUUGCCGAAAGUCGAAUGGGUCUUUUCUAAAAUUCCGAGCAAGAAUUUGUUGAAAAAGUACCGAUUUCAGACAUAGUAAUUUAGAAAAUCUGUUGAUUUGAUUGACAGCACUGAAGAAAAAGUCUAAGUAGGGAGAUUCAUUGAAUUGUUGCUUCCAGGCAGCCUAAAGAUACAUCAUUUAUAAUCUAGCAAUAAACGAUUUGCGCCGUGCCAAAUUUGAGACGCUAAUUGACGACGACAAAUAACUCCGGCUGAUCUACAUAAUCACCUAUACCUCGACAGCAACAUAAUGUCCUUUCCCGACAAAGAAAAACGUCAGAAAUGCUGGGAUUCCCGCGAUCGCUAUUGGGAGUGCUUGGAUAAGAGCGGCGAUCAAAUGGAAAAGUGCAUGGAAGUAAGGGCCGUCUACGAAACUACCUGUCCGAGUCAAUGGAUUGCCUGCACAUUUAUUGUUGCGGCAUCUAUCCUAUAUCGAUAUGGUGACUGGUUUAGACACCAUAUCAUAGUCACCCUCUCUGUGUUAGUAGCUUGGUACUUCUCUUUCCUUAUCAUAUUCAUUUUACCUCUGGAUGUUACAUCGACAGCCUACAGACAGUGUGUUCAGGAACAUACUUUUUACACAGAAGAGCCAAGGUCCAAUGAAACAGCAAAUCUAAGCACAACAGUAGUUCCCCAUAUUAUUCCAUCUAAUGAAACAUCAGUCUGCAAGCUUCCUUGGAGUUAUGUACCAGAGAAUGUGCUGCCCCAGUUAUGGAGAGUACUAUAUUGGACCUCACAAUUCCUAACUUGGUUUGUGUUACCACUCAUGCAGUCAUACACCAAAGCUGGAGAUUUCACAGUUAAAGGAAAAUUAAAAUCUUCUUUGAUCGAUAACGCAAUUUACUAUGGUAGCUAUCUCGUAAUUGCCACCAUCCUGCUGAUCUAUUUAGCUGCUAAACCAGAUUUUGAAUUUGAUUGGCCAAAAUUAAAAGCAAUUGCAGCAUCUGCCAGCAAUACUUGGGGGCUAUUUUGGUUAGUUUUGUUGCUGGGCUAUGGCCUUGUCGACAUCCCUCGUUCUGUUUGGCGCAGUGCUAUACCAGGGCCUUUAUUGUCCCGCCUCUAUUUCAAAGCAGCCAAAUUGAAUGCUGAGAAAAGUGAGGCCGAAGAAAACUUGGAAGAUUAUUUAGAGGCGCUUCAGGUCGCGUUGACUCGCAUCUCGCCUAGUGAUCCUUUACGAAAGAAUGCCGAGACGAUUUCUGACAAGCUGCCACUGGAAUGGCGAGAGCGCAUGAAACGAAAAUCUGUCAACAGCAAUCAAAUGAACGAGAGCGAUCUGAAUGAGAAAUCGCUUGUUCGCCUUCACAGACAGGUGAUUCGCGCACUGCAGCGGCAACACAGAACGGAGACCCAGUGGUAUAACUUGGUGGAGAAAAUCUUUGAUCUCGAGGAUGUCCACCGUAAUAUCGGUAGUCACGAACACUACUUUAAGCCUUCUUUUGAACCAGUUCGUUCAACCUGGCUAGCACGAAUUCGCAGUCCCACAUUAGAGUGGUACUGGAAAUGCUUGCUGAGGCGAUAUGUUUGUCAAGGGCUGGCUAUGGUUUUGGCCCUCCUGUCGGUGUUAGUGGUAUGGUCCGAAUUGACAUUCUUCAAUGCCAGUCCCGUUCUUUCCAUCUUCGCUAUUUUCGUCAAUUUGGCGAAAGAAUACUAUGAUUACUUAUCCAUUGAACUGGUUUCAAUUGCUACCAUCGCCUACAUGUGCGUGUGUGCAUAUUCGACAGUACUGAAAAUUCGCGUGCUUAAUUUAUAUUACUUGGCGCCUCACCAUCAGACAGACGAGUAUAGCUUGAUCUUCUCGGGCAUGCUUCUCUGCCGUCUGACUCCGCCCAUGUGUUUGAACUUUCUUGGCCUAAUUCACAUGGACAGCCAUAUUAUCAAAGCCCGACUGAUGGAAACCUAUUAUACUCAGAUAAUGGGGCACAUGGACGUGCUACCCAUCAUUUCAGACGGUUUCAAUAUAUACUUUCCCAUGGCUAUUUUGGGACUAUGUCUGGCCACUUACUUCUCAUUAGGCGCUCGCUUCCUUACCUUCAUCGGAUUCCAGCAAUUUGUUGACGAUGAAGAUGAUAUUACAGCCGAUUUGGCCGAAGAAGGCCGAGAGCUCAUCAAACGGGAAAAACGGAAACGUCAGAGAGCCGAGGAUAGUGAAUGCCGACGUCGGAAUGUUGACGUCAACAACUUUGCCCGGGCCGAGCGCAAUCGUGAAACUGGAGGCUUACUAGUGAAGAGGGAAUCGUCUCGCUCUGAAUUGUUUGGCUCCACAUCCGACAACAUGAGCAAUGAAGAUGACCGAUACGAUCAGCUCUUCAUGCAAGCCAGUCGGAGAAUCGGUGACGAUGUCGGUUCCACUCCGGCGACUUUGCUGACAGGAUCUACCGAUUAUCGUUCUAGUUAUACACGCAGCGGACCAGCGCCGCCACGAAAUUUCUUUGACGAUGUUUAGAUGUUUUGAGAACGGUGAAUUUUUUCGGAAUGGCGGGUGCCUUUCCUCGUUUGAUCUUCAGUUCAGUUGCCACACAAGCGGGACUCUUAUUGUUCUAUCCACCUUAUUUCUAGUGCAAUUACCCGUUUAUUUAUUGGCCCUCGUGUUUAUACUGCAAUCAUUUGAUGUUCUAGUGUUUAGCUAUUUAGCCCCGGUACCAACAGUUCUCUCAGUUUUGGGUUUUUAAAUUUAUUUUUCUUAUUGCGUGUGCUGUUUGCUUUUGUUCCUUUAUUACUUCUCCCUAUCUUAUAAUGAAAUUCUGGUUAUUUAAAGAUGAGCUGUCUUUUUGCGCCGUCGUCUAGUGCUGUAUAGUCUGCUCUCAUUUACACGAAUUGUUAGUUUGUCCGGCUAUUUUCGCCGCGAGCUUCUAGCUCUGUAAUUAAUGGAUUGACUCACUUCUC